UCGUCAUAAACCACCGGAAGUCCAGGUGCUUCAGAUCAACCCGCGGAAAAGGAACAGAUAUGGCAGAACCGGUGAAGCCUCCCCCCAAACGCAGACGAAUUCUGGAUCCCUCAGCUAUCGUUUCAGUGCCCAUCUACUCCAACCAGGUGAGCAACAGUUUGCAGCUGAAGGCACCGCCAUUCAGCGAGACAACGUCCACAGAGGAGGAAGUCGACGCAGACGACGGGUUUUGGGCCAAGUUUUCGUGUGAAACAAAGCGCCAUUCUCCUGAUGACUUGCAGAUCAGUGAUCCUGAGGAAGAGGUGGAGCCAAAAAGAGCCACACCAUUAAACGACACAGACUUGCUUCGCUCUCCGUCUCCUCCUCCUCCUCCAGAGAGUCCAGUCCAGAAACCCUCACGGAAAGCCAAACAGAAACUCAAUGAGAUUGAGCGCCGACUGCAGGCUGUGAACUCGCCGCUGUCCCCGGUGAAUGACCGGAAGCAGCGGCGUUGCAGGCGGUCGCCACGGUUACGGGACAACAUGGACGACGUCAUCGUUUUGAGUGAGACGGAGGACAGUGACGUCAUCAUCUCAAGUCCGGAGCAGUGUCUUCUCGGGUCUCCACUCAGGGGCACAGAGAGGCGGUUCCCUCUAAAAGUGCGCUGCCGAACCGACCUACACAAGAUCCCUGUGCUCCCGUCAACACCCCUCAGCGCUGUCGUGGAGCAGCUCUCCGUCAAACUGGGAGUCCCGUCCCCUCGGCUGCUGCUGCUGCGUCAGGAGGUGGAGCUGAGCACGGAAGCCACGGUCGGCGAGCUCGGACUCGGCAUCGCAGACAUCCUCGAGUGUAUGGUGAUGGCGGAGAGGGACAUGCCCACUGGAGGUGAUGCCGCUGACAUCAUCAAAGUGCGACUCAAGGGGAAGGACCGCACCAUGGCUCAGGAGUUCUGUCUGCGCAGGGACGCUCCUCUGGGCUCUGUCUUCUCUCAGUUCUCGUCAGGUCACUCUGUCAUCGCUCAGGCAAAAUUUAGUUUUCAUUUCGACGGCUGUAAAUUAUCUCCACACCAAACGCCAGAAGAGCUCGACAUGGAAGACGGGGAUAUCAUCGAGGUGUGGGCCUGAACAAAGGACUCCUAUUUAUGUGAACAAUAAAAGAUUGUAUUUCACAAAAGAA